GGUGAUUUCCAUACAACUCGAAGUGAUUUCAGAGAAGUAACAACCAAACAGAAAAAAGGCAAAAUGAAAGGCAUCGCAGUUAUCGCUCUUCUGGCUGUUGUCCUCGCAGUCGUCGCCGCCAAGCCGGCCGAAGACAAGUACACCACCAAAUACGAUAACGUCGACUUGGAGGAAAUCCUGAAGAACAAACGUCUCCUCAAGAACUACGUGAACUGCCUCUUGGAGAAGGGCAACUGCAGCCCAGAUGGCGCCGAAUUGAAAAAGGUUCUUCCUGAUGCCAUCAAGAGCGAAUGCUCCAAGUGCAGCGAGAAGCAGAAGAACGGUAGCCGCACCGUCCUCCGUCAUUUGAUCGACAAGGAGCCAGAGAUGUGGAAGGAACUCGAAGCCAAAUACGACCCAACCGGUGACUACGCCAAGAAGUACCGCGCUGAAGCCGAGAAGGAAGGAAUCAAAUUGCCUUGAAUACAUCGUAAUUUUUCUUCUAAUCUGUUCGUCAUCGAAAGAAAAAAACAUGACCAGGAUUAUUUAAUUUUAUU